AUGUCAUUAGAUAUUGUUAAAAUUUUCUAUCGUACUACUACCAUUUUCACGGUUGUAACGUUUUUGACUGCGGGUAUUAAUGCUGCUGUUGCAACUGAUCGUCGCAUCGGCAUUUAUUUCCAUGAUUUCGUCGUAAUAAUCGAGAGCAGUAUUACACAAGAUUUUCUGGUGUAUAAAUUUUAUGAGAAAACUUGGUACACCUUUAAUACACGGGGCGGACUACCUCCAGGUCGAGUAGGUCAUGUAGCUUGCGUUAUCAAUGAUAAAAUGUACGUAUUUGGAGGAUUUAAUGAGUCAGGAACUUAUCUACCUAUGAUAGUAAUUGACUUAAUAAGUUAUGAGUGGUAUAGACCUUUUGUAAGGGGCACAAUCCCUUAUGGAAGAAAAUACCAUUGCAUUUGGGUGCAUAAAGAUAAAAUGUAUAUUACUGGCGGAUAUGACGUAAUGUCAUCAAAAUAUUUCAAUAACAUUUAUGUUUAUGAUCCCGAAAAGUUUAUUUGGGCUGAAAUGCAUACAUCUGGUUUCGAAGGUCCAUUACAACGACGUGUGCAUUCCACUGUGAUUGUUGGGACUCAUGUAUAUGUGCUUUAUGGUACAAUGUCAUAUCAGCCAUAUGGCCCACUUAAUCAAUAUACGCCUGAAAAGCAGUGUGGUCUGCAUGUGCUUUCUCUUGAAUGCAACCUAAAAGAAUUAGCUGCUGUUGCUGUGGUACGACAUAAUCUACACAAUCUGGUUCCUAACGUUCUUCCGCAUGAACUUAAGUCAUAUCUUGCUUUGAUUACUGAGCCAAAUUCGGAAUUUUGA